AUGGUCAUAACUGGAAGUAUUUCAAGCGAGGAUUAUCAAAAGUGGGAAAGUAAAACCCUACGCUUCGAGGACCGCAUGAAAUAUGCUCUCGCGGAUCCCACAUUCGCAUCUCUUCCCCGGGUGUGCAUGUUUUCAGGUAUCACAAAAACAGACCUAGAAUUCAUGGGCGCACAAUACCCUAACGGUCCUUUGGUAUACGCAUCUAUGCUUUCUGCUUUCAAGAAAGCAUUGCUGUCCAUGAAGAACCUCCGAAUCGUUCGGCUCGAGGAUAUCGAUAUUGACGAGGAAGUCUUGGACGCCCUUGUUCAUUUACCUCUGCUGAAAGAUGUUCGACUUCAGUCUCCGGAGAUAGCUUGUCGCGAAUUUACUCCUCUGCUGGAAGUUGAAGAGCUUAGCGUCAUGGAAUGGGACCUCAGGUCACAAUACACCAAACAAAAGCUAGAGCUGUUCUCCAACAAACGACUGAAAGGAAUCGAUAUCCAGUCGUAUCAAUAUGCUUCUCCUAUUCUGGAGCACCUCAUUUCUCAGGGGACAAGCGCGUGUUUGACGAUUCUCAGGAUAACCAUCGACAUUCACAUCGUCCCUAUUAUGAUGGCCUUCUUUGAGACAUGUCCCCAACUACAGGAUAUCUAUGUGACAAGCAUACCGCCUACCUUUUACCCAGUGUAUCCAUCCCUUCCUCCGUCCGCACUGCCCAACCUUCGCAGCUAUUACGGAAUAGGAAGCCUCGCUGUACUACUUGUUCCCAACCGCCCUGUGAAAUGCAUUACAAUCCAAGAUAAUUGGAGUAGCGGCAGUCAUGACCUGGAACCCUCUUGGGUGCUAUCUCAGCUCUCCAAAAGCUCAGUUGUAAUUGAACACCUGUCGCUGCCUCCAAUACAGCCCAGGCCCGACAUCUUCCAUGAAAUUUUGCACACCUUCCCCAAACUGAAAAGUUUGGAGCUGCGCUUCCCUCUAGAUCCAAAUGCUGUACAGUCUCCACCUACAGACAAUGACACGACACCCGAUGACAGGUACUUCGACCUUACCACGGUGAAUGAAUUACCCCCAAUUGAAGUUGACGAGGAAGGAUGCCCUCUCGAACCUCCGACAUCUAUGAAGGUAUGCUCCACAUUACGAAGCUAUCCUACCAGACUAAUCUCGCUACAGGGACUCCUGGAGUGGCUAUGCACCAAUAAAUUGCACCUAUCUCCUUCAAUAGCCAACUUGUCAAUACUACAAAACAGUGGCCGGACUCGAGGCAUCAACCAAAUGUUCAAAACCUGCCUCAGUUUCCGAGAGCAAUACGCUUUUGCUGGGAUGCUUUCCAAGCACAAUCCUACUUUGAAAAGUUUGACAUAUGGGAGACAACAUAUCCAGUGGUCAUACGGCGCUGAUGGCAAGUGGGUUCCUGGGGCGGAAUACCAAUUUUACAUUAAACACAGGAAUACGAUUCCAACAUUUAGUUCACUCCCUGUGGCCGUCAUCGAGGGUGCAGCCACUACUGCAUAG